AAUCUACCAAGGAGGCACACAAAUGAGACCUUGUAAAAGAUACUGUAAAAUGCGAGCUUCACAAUGCUAUGUGUAUGUGACAUCAUAGAUGGGCGGGGGAGGAGACAGUGUGGAACCCCCCCGAGGGAACGAAGCCCAGCAGCCCAGCAGCAAGGAGCGGAGCCCAGACAUGGUCCCCAAGGAGAAGGGAGACGACGGGCUGCAGUGCAUCUUCAUUACCACCAGAGUGUCACCACUUCUGGUGGAAGUUGGAGGGAGGCUAGCAAAGCGAGCAUGGGCAGCGGCAGGCAGAGAGGACAGGUUUGGAGAUGGCUUGUACGAUUCCUACAUGAGAAUAGAUCAGAUUAGAUAUACAGAUCCUACAAAUGAAGAAUGCACCCCUUCUGGACUUCCGUCACUGGGGAGACCUAAUGUAACUACUAACCCAAUCACAAUGAAGGACCAUCCUCUGACAGGGAGCCAAGUCAAAGUGGAGCAGUUAUUUGAAGACUCUGGCAACAGAAGGAGCAGUACUCUCCAGUCUUCAGGAAUAAAUGCCUCUGAGAGGUCUUUUCCAACUCCAGCAAAAGAUAAAAGCAUUGAUAGCAUAAGUACCAACAAAAAUAGUGGCAGCUUGACAAAAGCACACAAAACCGGAAGUCAGUCCCCAGAACAAGCACUGAAGCAAUACAAACAGCAGUUGUCAGCCUAUGAGCAGCAAGAAAUAUUGAACUUUCCUGAAAUUUAUUUUGUGGGUGCAAAUGCAAAGAAAAGGCAAGGAGUCAUUGGAGGCCCAAACAAUGGUGGAUAUGAUGAUGAACAAGGCAGCUACAUUCACGUGCCUCACGACCAUCUUGCCUACCGAUAUGAAGUACUAAAAAUAAUUGGAAAAGGCAGUUUUGGCCAAGUAGCUAAAGUUUAUGACCACAAACACCACCAGCAUUUGGCCUUAAAGAUGGUACGUAACGAAAAGAGGUUUCACCGGCAAGCAGCAGAAGAAAUACGGAUCUUGGAGCAUCUCAAAAAACAGGAUAAGACUGGUGGCAUGAAUGUUAUUCACAUGCUGGAGAGUUUUACCUUUAGGAAUCACAUAUGUAUGACCUUUGAACUCCUGAGUAUGAAUCUCUAUGAGCUGAUCAAAAGAAACAAAUUUCAAGGCUUCAGUGUGCAGCUGGUACGAAAGUUUGCCCACUCUAUACUGCAAUGUUUGGAGGCUCUUUAUAAAAACAAAAUCAUACAUUGUGACUUGAAACCUGAAAAUAUUCUUCUAAAACAACAAGGGCGGAGUGGAAUCAAAGUGAUUGAUUUUGGAUCCAGCUGUUUUGAGCACCAAAGAGUCUACACUUACAUACAGUCUCGAUUCUACAGAGCCCCAGAAGUCAUUUUGGGAAGCCGUUAUGGGAUGCCCAUAGAUAUGUGGAGUUUUGGCUGUAUUCUUGUGGAACUGUUGACUGGUUACCCUCUCUUUCCUGGGGAGGAUGAAGGCGAUCAGCUAGCUUGUAUGAUGGAGCUCCUUGGAAUGCCCCCACAGAAGCUGCUAGACCAAUCCAAGCGAGCCAAAAACUUCAUCAAUUCAAAAGGCCAUCCUCGUUACUGCACUGUAACGACACAGGCAGAUGGGAAAAUGACUCUUAAUGGCAGCAGAUCACGUAGGGGGAAAAUGCGUGGUGCUCCAGGCAACAAGGAUUGGGUCACAGCAUUAAAAGGCUGUGAUGACCCCGUGUUUAUAGAAUUCCUGAAAGAAUGUCUUAAUUGGGAUCCUUCUGCACGGAUGACUCCUACCCAAGCUUUGAAACAUCCUUGGAUUUGUAAACGAGUACCUAAGCCACCCUGCAUGGAUAAAACUUCAGGCAAACGGAUUGCUCAUUAUACGAGCUCUUUCCCAGGGAUAGGUUCCAGAUUACCCCCAGUUGUUGGGGUAGCCAACAAACUACGAGCUAAUCUAAUGUCUGACUCAAAUGCCAAUAUACCUCUAUGUACUGUGCUACCCAAAUUGGUCAGCUAAUAGAGAAUUACAUAUUCCCAGAGUACAUAUGCUGUGUUUUUAAUUAUAUCCUUGAAAUAUAAAAAGAUGACAGAAUGCGCAGAGGUCUUGGAAAAAGAGAGAGAAAAGAAAUGGAUUUUUAUUGAACACUAAAUCUUGUAUAAACACCCCCCCCCAAAAAUCAAAACAUAAGCAUUUUAAGGGCUAUGAUUCUUUUAUCAAGUUGUUUCAGCUAGAAUGUGGUGCUUGUUACAUCACUUUUGAUAGGUCAGCACAUUUGUUUUGUUCAGUGAAGUUACGCACUAUGUAACAGAUGGAUUUUAUAGCACUGUUGUAAUAAAACUCAAAAACCACUGCUCAUGCGGACAGUCUCACUUAGCAGACAGUUUGCUGCAAACCACUUCAAAGAUAAAUAAACUAUGCAUUUAAUUA